AUGGAAAGCCUAAGAGAGUCUCACAUGCAACAAAGGUUGGGCCGCUCGCUACUUCUCUUUCCUUUUCCAUUACAAGGUCAUCUAAACCCCAUGCUUCAACUUGCAAACAUCCUGUAUUCCAAAGGGUUCUCCAUCAUCAUAAUCCACCUUCCCUUCAACUCUCCAAAUCCUCUGAACUACCCUCACUUCACCUUCUAUUCGAUCCCCGAUGGUCUCUUGGAACAUGAGCCUUCUAUAUAUUUGGUGACAGUCCUCAAUACCAAAUGUGUUAAACCCUUUAGUGAUGGUUUGUCUCAGUUGUUGUUGGAUUUUAAGGAGGAGCCAAUUUCUUGCAUAAUUACGGAUGCCCUCUGGUACUUCACUCAAGCUCUUGCUGACACCUUUAAGCUUCCAAGGAUUGUGCUACAGACCUUUGACAUUUCUACAUUCCAUGUUCUUGCUUCCCUUCCGCUUCUGCGAGAAAAGGGUUAUUUCGGAACCAAAGAUUUUCAACUAGAAGAACCAGUUACAGAGACUCCCCCACUUAAAGUGAAAGAUCUUCCGGAAAUUAAAUCCGAAGACUUUCAUCGUUAUAUAGCCCGAGUGAUAAAUGGAAGCAAGGCCUCAUCAGCACUCAUUUGGAACUCUUUUGAAGAGCUCCAGAAAGAUUCACUUACUAGAUUAUGCCAGGACUUUCCUAUUCCCAGUUUCACAAUAGGUGCUGACCAGAAAGUGGUAGCUAGAUAUGCAAGUGAUGUUUGGAAAAUUGGGAUACAUUUGGAUGAUAUGGUUGAGAGAGGGAAGAUAGAGAGGAUAAUCAAAAGAUUAAUGGUGGAGGCAGAAAGGGAAGGAAUAAGGGAGAGAAUUAUGUCUUUGAAAGAGAAGCUCAAUCUUAACGAGAAACAACAACUCCUCUAUGGGGAUUUAGUUUAUAAUACUGGCCUCCACCUAAGGCAGUAG